AUGACGAAAGUGGUCCCUGUAUUAACUGGAUCCAAAAUUCCAAGGGAAGACAAAGAAGAGACUAAGGAACGAUAUGCUCGAUGUCUUUUAGCAUUAUUCGUACCAUGGCGAAAAGUUGAAGAUCUAUGUGAGGUUCAUCAAACUUGGGACCAAGCGUUAGAAUUAUACAAACACUUGAUUACAUCCGAAUCGCACCGAAUAAUACAGAAUAUCCAACUUCUUCAUGAGUGUAAAGAAGAUCGUGAUGCUCAUCUCUUGCAAGUAAUACAGGAGUCAAAUACAGGACAAGAUUCCAACAUCGAACCGAUUUUAACUUAUCGUAAUGUUGACCAAGAUGAAGAUAUCGACGAUUCUGAGGAUCUACUUCAACUGUUAGACGAUUAUCAUAAUGUCAACAAGUUAUUUCAAUUGAAUCAAAUACCAAAAUCUACUUCUGUUUAUGUGAAUCAAGCUGUAGGUGCAGUGAUAGCAACUAAACGCUUUCCAAAUGUGACAAAUACAGCAAAUUUACUCAGUGAUUCAUCGAUAACUCCACAAUUUAACCACACGAACCCUAAUAUCCAUUGUACGGAAUCGUUUGUGACACUUAUGACAACAAAACUUGCUCAAUUAAAUAAAAAGUGGCAGCAGGAUUUGAAGACAGCAAAGCAAAAAGCACGAGAACGAAUACUGUAUGGUGAUGCCGAUGUGAAUGAUAUUGACGAUUCUUCUGCAGCUAUAAAUCAACAUAUUGAUCUGACUGUAUCCCAUUAUGAUGCCCAAGAUAAUGUUAGCACUGAACUUGUUCGACAAGUAUCAGUCUCGUCGUUAAAAGCACAGCAAGAAUAUGUGUCUAAAACACAAUACUGUCUUAAUACAGAACAACAUCGAGCAUUUAUGAUCAUAACACAACAUCUUGAAGGGAAGAGCCACUUGAGAACAAAUGAUAAACAAGGUCAAUUAUUGAUGUGUGUACCAGGUCAAGGUGGAACAGGAAAAUCUCAACUCAUUCGAGCCAUAACAGAAUAUUUUUCGUUGACGAAGCGCAGCUGCUUACUACGAAAAGUGGCGCCAACAUCGAUUGCUGCAGCCGAAAUUGAUGCCCUUACCAUUCAAUCUUUGACUCCUCACACAAGAUAUUCGCGAAAAUCGAAGCAAGGAGGAAAACCUGGUGACACUAUAACUGAGAAAGAAUGGUGUCAAGUUCAAUAUUUACUUGUUGAUGAAAUGUCAAUGGUAGGUUUAAUAUUAUUAGCACGGUUCGGUAAGAAAUUAACAGAAGCAAAAAGGACUGAUCCGAGUCUACCAUUUGCCGGUAUCAAUGUCAUUUUUUUUGGUGAUUUCUUACAAUAUUCUCCGGUUGGUGACAAACCUUUAUAUUCUGAUAUCAUCACAGCCAAACCCGACGAAAAGAUAGACCAUGAAGGGGACACCAUUACCCGAUCUACUACGAACAAACUUAACCAACAGGCCGCUGGUAGAUCAUUAUGGAUGCAAAUCAAUACUGUUGUUAAGUUAGAAGUUCAAAUGAGAACAACUGAUACACAGUAUUUGGAUCUGUUGAAACGCCUUCGUGAAGGAAAAUGCACGGAGGAUAAUUAUCAGUUGCUGCUAACACGUGUUGUUCAUCCAGAUAAUGAUGUAAAAUCUUUAGAGGACUCAAUGUGGAUGGUAGCACCGCUCCUUGUCUUCCGUAAUGAACUGCGUACUGAACUCAAUAAUAAAGCCGUUAUUUCACUAACGUGCAAAGAUGGUUACAAGCCAGUUGUUUGCGUUGCUCAAGACAAGAUUAAAACAGAUAUAAAGAAUCCUAAUUUGUUCAAGUUUUUGCUUAGGUUACCCGACAAUAGAACAGAAUUAUUGCCUGGUUAUUUACCACUUCUAGCUGGUAUGCCUGUUCUAUUAACGGAUAAUUUAGCAACAGAAUUGGCUCUAUCCAAUGGAACCAGAGGCAUUUUUCGUAAACUAGUCUAUGAAGAGGCAGAAGUGAACCCUGAUAUAAUGGAUGAAGAAAGUUUUCCAACGCAUACUAUAUAUAUUCAAAAACCAUUAUACGCAUUGGUGGAGAUUGAAAAAUCGAAAGUCACUGUUCCUCUAAAUACAUUAGAACCGAAGAUAAUACCUAUUCCAUUAAUCCAAAAAGUAUUUGAAAUUGAUGUCAAACCGUUUCUCGAACAAUAUGGAAUCAAAUAUAAAGGAAAUAAAACAAAAUUGAGAGUAACUCGAAAUCAGCUUCCGCUAGUACCGGCGUAUUCCAUUACCACCUACAAGCCACAAGGACAAACAAUACCAAAAAUUGUUGUUGAUCUAGUAUUUCCUCCAGGUCACAGAUCCAAAGUUGCAGCUGCUUAUGUAUCCUUAUCCAGAGUGAAACGGCUACAAGAUCUGGCUAUUUUAAGACCGUUUCACAUUUCCGCAUUACAAGAGAAGCCCACAAAAUAUCAACUUCAAGAGCUGGCUAGAUUAGAUGCACUAAACGAGAAAACCAAAAAACAAUUUGAACAGCAUUAUCAAAUAUAA